AUCUUUUCUGUUGCCCCGUUACUCACACCCCUCUGCGGAAGUGGUUUGCUCCGUACUCUCCAGCUGAUCGGCCCAGGAUUCCCCGGUGGAGCUCCGUCCGUCGCUGGGCUUUGACGGCUUUCAACGUCGAUUUAAACUGUUUUAAAUCCACGGAGUCAGGGGCCGCUCGUGUCGGCAAAACGCUCCUGAUAGUGUGAAACAGUCACGGACAACCAGGCCGGGUUAUCCACUCUGUACUUUUUCAAAACCAGGGGGGGAUCUUCACGCAAAUACGAGGCCCUCAGUCCAGCCCCGGAUUCACCUGCUACGCGGAGAGCCUCACACGGAAGACCGACAUGGGGGACACGGGGAGCGAGGGCAGCAAGCCCCCGAGUAACGUGAACGUGGUACCCCCGCGCUGCCCGUGUGGCUUCUGGGGGUCCAGCAAAACCAUGAAUCUCUGCUCAAAAUGUUUUUCAGACAUUCAGAAGAAACAGCCGGAUGAUGAUUGUGCUCCAAAAGCCUCUGCGAGCUCCAGCAGCAGCAGCCAAACAGACAUCUUCUGCAACGACACAAGCAGCAGCAUCAGCCAGUCCUUAAUAUCGAUGCCCAAUACAUCAGAAGAGCCUUCGCCAGGAGAGGAGGGAGUGACGUCUCUACCUGCUCAGGACGAAGUAUCCAGCACAGACACAGUCUUCAGUUCACUCUCCACUCCCACAAAACGCUCCUUUGAAUCAGCCUCAGAGUCAGAGAGCGAUGUUUCACCCAAAAAGAGAGCAAGAGUGGGCGAGAUGCCAGAGGGUGAGGAGUCUUCAUCGUCGUCGUCAUUGUCUGCGUCGUCAUCAUCAUCAUCCUCGUCUCGCGGUGGCUCGAAACAGCGGAGCCGCAAACGCUGCCAUCGCUGCCAAACCAAACUGGAGCUGGUUCAGCAAGAGCUGGGUUCCUGUCGCUGUGGUUAUGUCUUCUGUAUGCUCCAUCGGCUCCCAGAGCAACACGACUGUCUGUUCGACCACCUGGGCCGCGGCCGCCAGGAGGCUGUCCUGAAGAUGGUCAAGCUCGACCGCAAGGUGGGCCGGUCGUGCCAGCGCAUCGGAGAGGAGUGCUCCUGAGCAGCAGUUCCCUCAACAGAAUCUCAAAUUUUCAGUCGGUGUCUUAGCACUUACAGGGAUUUGAUAUUUUUUCCUCCCCUCUUGUUUUUGUUUUUCAAGAACUUUGCAGGUUUUUUGGAUACAAGCCCUACAUAAACCAUUUCUGUAACCCAUUACCCUUCUCCUGGUUUUCUGCCUCUGUUGGCUCGAUCAGAUCCCUGCUGCUAAGAUGCCUUUUGGAAAAUUCAAACCAGGAAUGAAAGGACAGUAAAGAGCAAAAGAAAUAAUACGAUUUCUUCACUUUUUUGCAACCUUCUGACUACACAAGUGUGAGAAGUGUAAGAAUAAAAAGGACGAUGAGAAGAAAUACAACACUUUUGAAAGAUGUUUGUUCCGGAAGCCAGUUUAAGACUUAACUCUUUACCUCAAAAAAUUACAAAAAACGAAAACGAAAACACAAAGAAUGACGAAGAUGACAACAAUGAGGAGGAGGAGGAAGGGGUGGUUACCCUUUUUGUACACUUCUGCUUUGGCGCUCUUUAUAGACUGUGCUCUUUACCUCAAAAUCAGACAGAGCUGCUUUGUAUUCUGCGCCCAGCAUGGACUUUGAGAAGCAAACCAAGCUAGUUGGCCUCAGUUUAAGUCAGUGUCUUACCCCUCAGUUGUCCAAUACUUUUAGAAACACCUGUUCAUGAUCCACCUCAGGUUAUCAGGAUAUCAAAGCUCAAUCUUUACCCCCUCCUCUCUCCCACUCAAAUCCUUCAAUAUUUUCCUCCACAGGAAUCCUCUCUCUGUUUCUGUUUUUACGAUUACUCUGAAAGUGUUUCUGCUUUGUUGAAGACGACAUGUCGGACGCUGAAACUGGAGUGUCACCUUAACUCCAGAGUAAGGACUUUUGGUGCAAGUCUGGCCCAGAAGCAUUAUGCUAGUUAAAUUGAGCUGGGAGUUCAUGGAUUGCACACAGAUCUGUUGGGAUGUGAAUUGUGGCAGAUUUUCUCUGUCUUUCUCUCUUUUUUUUGUCUCGGUCUUUAUCUCCCCGUUCUCCACAGCUCCUCCACAUAAAGACUUGUCUUUGUCUCUCUAUGGCAGCAUGUGGAUCAUCUGUGCUGGAUGGGAACAGAUUCACCAGACUGGGGUAUAAACUAAGUGGGAUCUGAUUUAUGAUCUGAAAUGUUGACAUUGUACACACUUGCAAAAACACUCUUUCAUACCUUUAUGUUGUUUAAUGUGCUCAGACGUUCAUUGAGCACAGGCAAAAUCAAACAUUGUACUAUUUGAGUUUGGACUGAAGCUGAGAUGGAUGGUCGUUCUGGUUCAGGUUUCUCAUUAUGUCUUAGUUCUGAACAUUUUUAGGGUAAUGUUGGGCUUCAUCUUUGAUAAAAGAUGUCAUAUUGUUUUUCACUCCUUUUACCAGUUCUUUAUUGCUCCUGCUUCCUCCAGUGCCCUCUCUUUUAAUUUCCAGCCAGCAUGAUGAGCUCACGUGCAUUCUCCUCCCCUUCCUCUCUCAUCUUUCCCUUUAUUGAUUGCUCUAUUUUUUCCUUGUUUCACCCCCUCCUCCUCCUUCCUUCUCUGGCAGAGGGAGGCAGUUGAAGAGCAGAGCCGAGUGCUGAAAGUAAAAAUAAGCAAAUAAUUACUUUCCAAACAUUUUUUGGGUGGACUGUGGAAGGGAAUGAACGGAUCAUGCUUAAUGAAUGAAUAUUCUGUAUCUUAAAGAAAAACCUUAUUUAACCCUUUUUUUGCUUUUCACUUACACUUCUAGUGUAGAGUUGAUUUUUUUUUGGUUGUAAUGUGUUUAUAACAUGGGAAGAUGAACGUGGAAAAUUCUAUAUUUUUGUUUCCAUUGCUUUACUUUUUGCUUCCCCUUCCCAACUAUUUUUCUUUUACUGAGAAAGAAUAAACUGGAUUAGACAAAG